GCAAGAGAGAGGAACUGGGGUGAGCAAGCAUUGCGGCUUUGUCUGUUUCCUGUUUCAGUAAGGCUGCUGUGCACAAAGAAAGACAGCAUUAAGAAGGGAAAUGCUAAGGGGGCCCAGAGCCAUGGACUAAGAGCUUGCACUUCACUUAUCUGCUGUCUUGCUCCUUCUGAGACCAGAGCCAAGAUCUGCCCAGGAGCUGGAAUGCUUUCCUGAGCUGCUUGGGUUGGAGCCUGGGACCUGAGACCCAGGCAGCUAUUCCAGGAACUGGAAGCCAAGCACAGCAGGUGCUCAGGAGGUCAUCAUGAUCAGCCCAGACCCCAGGCUUUCCCCCGGCCGAGGCCGGUGGGCUGAGAGCUACGAGACCAAGUAUGAGCGCCGGCAGGAGACCCGUGAGAGCCGCCGCUGCCGCCCCAACGUGACCACUUGCCGCCGCCAGGUGGGGAAGGCACUCAGGACCCAGCAGAGAGAGCAGUUCCAGAGGGCACGGCAACAGCAGUUCUUCAGGAGGAGGAACCUGGAGCUGGAGGGGGAAAGCAAGGCCCAGGCCCCCAGGGCCAGGGCGCAAGGUCCCUCCAGGAGGACAGGCCAGGCAGCCGACCCCAGGGAGCCCUUGUCUUGGGCCAACAGGAUCUCUUCCCCCAGACAGCAGGUGUCAGGACCCAUCUCUGAGAUCUUUCCAACAGCGCAUCAUCCUCCCUUGGGCGCCUGGAGCAAUCCGGCUGACCGCCUCCCCUCCCAGGCUGGAGGCCUUCCAGCACAGGGCUCGCCCACCAAGAAGCCCCCCAGACACCACCGUGGCACUCAGACAAAGGCAGACGGAACACAGCCAGCAAUUAAGAAUGAUGCCAGCCAGCAAACCAAUUAUGGAGUUGCAGUUCUAGAUAAGGAGAUCAUCCAGCUUUCUGAAUACCUCACGGAAGCCCUGCAUAGAGAGCUAGUUCUAAAACAGAAAAUGGUGAUUCUCCAAGACCUGCUGUCCACCCUGAUACGGGCCUCUGACAGCUCAUGGAAGGGCCAGCUAAAUGAAGACAAACUGAAGGGCAAACUGAGAUCCUUAGAAAACCAGCUGCACACCUGCACCCAGAAAUACUCCCCUUGGGGAAUGAAAAAGGUGCUAUUAGAGAUGGAAGACCAGAAAAACAGCUUUGAGCAGAAGGCCAAGGAGUCACUGCAGAAGGUGCUGGAGGAGAAAAUGAACAUACAGCAGCAACUGCAGAGCACACAGAGGUCCCUGGCUCUAGCAGAGCAGCAAUGUGAAGAGUGGAGGAGCCAGUAUGAGUCGCUGAAGGAGGACUGGAGGAACCUGGGAAUAGAGCACAGAGAGCUGGAGAGCCAACUUCACGUGCUCCAGUCCAAGCUCCAGGGAGCAGACAGCAGGGACCUACAGAUGAACCAGGUCCUGCGACUUCUGGAGAGUGAGCAAGAGGAACUGCAGGCCAAGAUUGAACGCCUACAGGGGGACAGAGAGCUGGGCAGCUCGGACACCCAGCUCCUACAAGGUCAACUAAAGAGAUCAGAAGAGGAGAAACUCGCCCUGCUGAGCAAAGUACAAGAGUUGCAGAGUUUGCUUCAGAAUCAAUCCUUUCAGCUUCAAGAACAGGAGAAACUCUUAACAAAGAAAGAUCAGGCUUUGCCUGUGUGGAAUCCAAAGCCCUCCCGUAACGAAGUGGAGCCUGAGAGUACAGGGAAGGAGAAAGACUGGGAUUUCAGAGACCAGCCGCAAAAGAAGACUUUGUGCCUCCAGGCCAAGGAGAAGGAGUGCAGAGAACUGCAUUCAGAGUUAGACAACCUCAGUGAGGAGGAUCUGUCCUGCCUGCGGAAGCUGCAGCACUGCCGAGAAGAGCUGAACCAGAGCCAGCAGCAACCUCCCAGAGUAAGAGCGUUUCUCCUCCCACACAGCCCCAGGUGAUGGUGGGAAGAUUCCUUCUUUGGCCAAAUCUUGCAGAUAAAAUUUAUCAGCCCAUGCCAACAUCUGGCCAGUCUGUCCCAUUCAGCUUGGUUUGUACUAUACUGAGAGUACAGCAGCCACGGAAAGAAAAACUCAUACAU